GGUUCCCUGGCAACCAUGGAGCGCUCCCCACACAAGCAGGAAACGAGGCCGCGGACGAGGAAAGGUUCCCGUAAAGCUUCGUCUGGUCGGCCGGUGCUGCCGGAUGUUGACAGCCUCGAGUUUCUGGCGGAGGAGAACCUCCCAGCCCUGCAUGUAGCUUGCCUGUACGGUGAACUGCAGACUAUCCGGCUCAUAAUAGAGGCCAGGCCGCUGUGGGUCAACCUCAGAGAUUCUAAAGGUCGCCAGCCCCUGCACGUCGUUCUGUCCUCAAAACGGUUCUCUGACACACACACCGUUUGCAAAUACCUGAUGGAGCGCCGAGCUGCUAUCGACGGCAAAACAAAUUCAGGGGAAACCCCGCUGCACAUUGCCGUCACCAGGGGCCUCUACAACUGCGCGGAAAUGCUGGUGAAGGCCGGAGCGGAUAUUUUGGCGAAGGACAAAAUGGGACUGACGCCUCUGGACAUGGCGCACAUCUGGAACCACAGGAAGAUAGCGCGGUUGUUGAAGCACAGCUUGUGGCAUUACAAAAAGUUGGAAGAAAUGGAGGAGAUAACGUUUGCCCAGAUAUUAUACAGAGAUCUCAUAGAUCUGGUCAAGCAGAAAAAUCUGGACAAACAGUCCUUUAUCGAAGAGAUGUUUGAAGAGUGGGCGAAGAAGAAAGGCUUGCCUCCGCCGAAGACGCUUACGCCCAGGUCCAAGCCGUCCAAAUACCACAAUUGGUGCAGCUCACCAGAGCAGAGCAAGAGGCAACCAAAACCUGCCAAAGGGGAGUCCAAACGCAUUCAGAAAAAGAAGAACAUCUCCAAAGCACAGCAGAAGCCCUUAUGCGAAAGUCCCUGGACUGUCUUUGGCCUCCACCCAGAGAAACCCUCCACAGACCCAGACCUCAGGAAAGACGUCAUUUUGUUAAAGGACAGCAUCAACAGGCUUCACUUCAUGACCAAAUGGGACACGGCGCCUCACCUCGCUCCCAACCUGCCUCUGGAUACGAUUCAGAGGUUGUUGUUUCCCAAAGCGUUUUCUUCUCGGCUCCACACGCCACGGGACUUUGAGCCGCGGGACAUCACGAAUGUCAAGCACAAAGGAUUCCCUCAGGGAAUUAGCACCUCUCCCUGGACAGAGAUUCUCAUGCACCUGGUUGAAGUCCUGGAGCUGGGACACUACUAGUCUUCCUCACGUCCAGGCAAUAAAAUUAAGUUUAACAUCCCAUAGAAGAUGAUGUAGAAAAAACUUUGAGGCUUCGCAUGUAGAUGUUGUUAGAACAACAGUCUUCCUGAGUAAAACAACUUUGAUCAAAUAUCUGUCGGAUUACCCAAAGUGCACAAGUUCCAACCAUUAAACCCCCAAAGAGAUGAUUUGUUCCCAAAUAACAGAAAUGAUAAGAUCAGACAAAGUGCUUGUUCCACAUUAAGUAGGUCGACGAGGCACAGUGAAAAAGCAGUGAACUUAUUUCACCAGAUUUUAUGUUUGCUAGCAAAAGCAUCGUGUCAUAAUGUGCACCGCUGGGGUGUAAAUGUGCUACACAAAUAAUCCUGAGCUCCACAAAAUAACAAGUCUGCUUGAUCUUACAGCUAAAGAAGGUCCCUAUAGUGGACACACUGUUA